AUGUCCGCGAACGCCAUCUCCAUUCCGGAAGGAUUUUCCUACGUCGCAGCGUCACUCAUCUCCGUGCCACUUGUCUUGCAAUGGCAAGCCAUAUACGUCAGUCUGGCGCGUACAGCCGCCAAGGUUGAAUACCCUCGAGCCUACGCGGAGAAAGCCGAGCAGGAGGCGUCGGUCGCGGCCAAGGUCUUCAAUUGCAGGCAGCGCGCUCAUGCGAACACUCUUGAGAAUGCGCCCGGUAUCGUCAUAACGGGCCUCUUGACCGGAUUGCGUUACCCGAUGCUCGCUGCAGGCGCUCUUGCCCUGUGGUCUUUCGCGAGGGUCAUCUAUGCUGUCAACUAUGGCACAGGCGACCCCAAGAAACGCGCCACGGGCUUUCGAAUUGGAGCUCUGGCUGGUCUGGCUUUGCUUGGCGGAGCUAUCAAAGCCACGUACGACUUCUACGCAGCUGGCCUGUGA